UCCUAAGAUGUUUAAGUUUUCAUCACUCUCACUCCCUUUUUUACCCCCAAAAAAUUUGAUUUUCUGCUAAGAAAAUUCCCUUUUCAGAAACCCUUCCACUCCUUCAACUGCCUCCUCCGAACGCUUCUACGAACAGUAAUGGGGGAUACGAAGAACGAGGCGUACGAGGAGGACCUUCUUGACUAUGAAGACGAAGAAGAGAAGGAGCCUGAAGGUGCUAAUAAAGUCAACGGUGAAGCUGUCAAGAAGGGUUAUGUUGGAAUUCACAGUUCAGGAUUCAGAGAUUUUUUACUGAAGCCAGAACUUCUUCGGGCUAUAGUGGACUCUGGAUUUGAGCACCCUUCUGAAGGUAAUAUUUUAAAUCGUAAUCUUCUUUUGGAGAACUAUUAUACGUUGGUAAAUCUCUCAAAGGUUUGUUUUACUUACCGUUGGACCUCUAUUUUCUUUGGUUCGCCACCAGUGCAACAUGAGUGUAUACCUCAAGCUAUACUUGGAAUGGAUGUGAUUUGUCAAGCUAAAUCUGGAAUGGGAAAAACUGCUGUAUUUGUUCUAUCUACCCUGCAGCAGAUUGACCCUGUUGCCGGGCAAGUUUCUGCACUUGUCUUAUGUCAUACAAGGGAAUUAGCAUACCAGAUAUGCAACGAAUUUGAAAGGUUUAGCACCUACCUACCCGAUCUAAAGGUUGCUGUCUUUUAUGGUGGCGUCAACAUAAAAGUUCACAAGGAUCUAUUGAAGAACGAAUGCCCUAGUAUUGUUGUUGGUACACCUGGAAGAAUACUUGGAUUGGCUAGGGAUAAGGACCUUUCUUUGAAGAAUGUUAGACAUUUCAUUUUAGAUGAAUGUGAUAAGAUGCUAGAAUCUCUGGACAUGAGAAAAGAUGUGCAAGCUAUUUUCAAGAUGACACCCCAUGAUAAGCAAGUUAUGAUGUUUUCUGCAACGCUCAGCAAGGAAAUACGUCCUGUCUGCAAAAAAUUUAUGCAAGAUCCAAUGGAAAUUUAUGUUGAUGACGAAGCAAAGUUGACCCUUCAUGGACUUGUGCAGCACUACAUCAAAUUGAAAGAGGAGGAGAAGAACAGGAAGUUGAACGACCUUCUUGAUGCAUUGGACUUCAAUCAAAUUGUUAUCUUUGUGAAAAGUGUUAGUAGAGCAGCGGAGCUGGACAAACUGCUUAGAGAAUGCAACUUCCCAUCUAUUUGCAUUCAUUCUGGAAUGUCUCAAGAAGAAAGGUUAAAACGAUAUAAAGGUUUUAAGGAGGGUCAUACAAGAAUUCUAGUUGCAACAGAUUUGGUUGGUAGGGGUAUCGAUAUCGAACGUGUGAAUAUAGUUAUAAACUAUGACAUGCCGGAUUCUGCUGAUACGUACUUGCACAGGGUUGGCCGCGCUGGACGAUUUGGAACCAAGGGCCUUGCAAUUACAUUUGUUUCAUGUUCCACUGAUGUUGAUGUUCUCAACAAUGUUCAAUCCAGGUUUGAAGUUGAUAUAAAGCAGCUUCCUGAGCAGAUUGAUACAGCUAGCUACAUGCCAUCCUAGGAAGAGGCUGAAAGGGAUAAUGCAUGAACAGCAUGGGUGGUAGCUUUUGUAGAUUAAUCACAUUUCUCAGUUUGUCGACAAUUUAAUUGACUAUUCCAUUGUGGAGUCCGUAGUUUUAUAGAUUUUUGAGGGAAUUUUAUGGUUGUUAGAGUGGUAUAUCGGUGUUAUGGUUUUGCCGUUGACGGCUUAUGGAUUUAUCGAUAUUUAUUUAUUGUAUUAUGGUUAUACAAUAUUGUUGCUGUUUAAUUGAUUGGAAAUUUAAUAUUAUUGUUGGGUGAAAUUGGUUCA